AUGUCCAUUGAUGCAUGUUAUAAAUUUUGGUCUUCUGAAAGGCUUGCGUUCUUCUUAGUUGUAAGAGGAUGUGACUUUCCAAAUGGAUUAACAAGGGAAGAAUUGGAGGGUAUGGUAAGGGAAAAGGCUAAAGUCCCAAUUUUAAAAGUACCAGUAAACGAGACAACACUUAGGCAAUUAAUUCCUGAUCAAUUAAUUACCUGGUUGUUUUUUAGAGGUUACGUGGUAACUCCAAAAGCCAAGCCAAUGCUAAUGGUUCCCGAGGAAAAUACUGUUCCUAACUAUAAAGAGUUUUUAAGAGUCGCAAAUAAGGAUUAUAAAGAAAAGAUUUCUAAUAUGGAUGAAGCUAGUGCUUUGGAGAUAAAGUACCAAUUAGCUAAAAUUCUAACAACCAAAUAUGCGUUUUUGCUUGAACCUACUGAAGACUGGAAUUUCAUGGAACAUCGUUACCGCUCUAAAGACUUGGACAUCAUUUUAGAGUUAUUCGGAGUCUAUGAUGAUGAUGAUUCCAAAGUUAAAUGCGCGGAAUUAUUAACCAAACAAGAUUUGGCUAAGAGAAGUGUAGAUUUUUUUGCUACUGGGAAUUUAUAG